AUGAGCGGAUUAAUCUUCUCGAAGUAAUCAACACGAUUACAUGACAAAUUGUUGCAGAGGGUUCUUCGUUGGGGGUGCGAUCUUUAGGGUUUAUGGCUGAGGAGCCGAGGAACUUCUGGGAAUGAACGUUCCCCAAGGUGAAGAAGGGAAGAAGGCGAAGUUUAGGCUUGCGGUUGGGUCGCAGAUGUUUGAGGUGAAGUCCCGGUUUGAUGUAACGGUGUUUCUCGUUCUCGCGAUUGUAGCUAUCGGACUUGGUCCUCUGAUCUUCUUCCCGCUGGCGGAGAAAGAUCGAAGAGCAUUGAUCCAAACAUCCCUUAAAUCUUUUCCAUCUUGAUGGGAAGAACCUAUCUUCCCACGCGUGCCUUGCUAUAGCAUUUUGGUCGACUGCAUUGAUAUUUGAUCAAACUUUUUUCCUUCAAAAAGAAGUGAGUAUGAGUUGCUGAAACCAUUUUGACUGACAUUCCUAUUAUAUUCCAAUGCUCUUUCAGGAUUUAGAUGCAGUGCCCUUAUCUGUAUCACAUAAAGACGCCAUUGUGGCUGCGUACCUGAGGUUUCUGGCUCCGAAGGAGUUGAACAGAUGCAGAUCAUGAAGAUGAAUUUUUCUAGAGCACCUUUUCUUAUGAGCUUCUUGAUUCAUUGUCAUUCUUUCAUGAAACCUUUCCAUUAAUUAUUCUAUGGCUGCAAGCAAUUUUUCUUUGGAACUUUUUAAAUAUUUCAUUAACUCCUCUUGACAAAAGGCUGAGGAAAUCUAAUGCAGUUCAGUUAGUCUAUAAUAUAUAGCAUGCCAGUAAUUUAUAAUUGAUUUAUUUAAAUGGAAACUUUAAUUUUGUUUUUGCUGAUCUUUUUUCUUAUUUUAGAAGGGUAUUAUGGUUGUCUGUUUCUUUUUCUUUUUUGUUGGAGCAGUAAUUGGUGAUGAGGAAAAAGCAAAAGAAACUGUCGAAGCAGUUCAUCUAUUGGACAGGAUCUGUCUCCAAAUGAUUUCAUUAAUAUCCAAAAAUUUCCUCACAGGUUUAACAAUGUCUCCAAAUAUUGGAAGAAAAUCUUUAUCAGUAUCUUGUUACAAAAAUGAAUUUCUGGUUCAAGAUGGACAGCAGAAAGAUGAAACUUCUGUAAAGAAAAAUGAGAAGAAGAAAUCUAAAGGUGUGAAUGUCGAUGGUGAACUCAUGGCAAAGGAUAAACCUCUUGAAGUUGUUGCCGAUCGAAAUGAGACUACUGACCCAGCAACCGAAAAGAACAAGAAAGUGAGAAACACUAGUUGGAGGAGCAACAACAAGAAGAGGUUCUGCUUGAGCUGAAUGAUGAUGAUGCUGCAGAACAAAAUAGGACGUCCAGAAAGUUAAAAGAGUUAUGAAGAUAGAUUUUGAUGGGAAUUUCCAAAUGAGAAUCUACAUAAAAAGAAAAAACAAGAUGACUAGUAUGUGCCAUAUGAAUCUGACGUAUUACCAUGCUUUGCUGUUAUACAAGUGACUUUUAGAGCCUCUCAGUUUGAUAAAAGAGUGAAUGAUGAAGAAUUGAGGAAUAUGUUGUGAAAUAGAUAGAAUUUUAUUCAUUGAGAUAAUGAGUAUUUAUACAGAUUUUAAG